ACACAUUCCGCUGCAGGACAUUUGGAGACAUUUCCACUCCACCAAGCAGGGUUAAAGUCCCUCCCCUGCAGUAACUGAUUAGUUGAUAAGCAACAGCUCAGCUCAUGUGAACUUACAGCCUGUUUAACAGCUGAUCGCAGCUGCACAGUACGUCAGGAUCAACUUACUGGAGGAAAAAGAAGAGCUCAGUAAUGGUUCAACGUGUGGCAGUGAUUGGAGCGGGUAGUUCCGGUCUGGUCUGUAUUAAGGUCUGUGUUGAUGAGGGCCUGGAGCCUGUCUGCUUUGAAAGCACUGAUGACUUUGGUGGCCUGUGGAAAUUUAAGGAUUCUCCUGAGCCAGAGCGAUCCAGUAUCUACCGUUCAUUGGUGGUCAACACCUCCAAAGAGAUGAUGUGUUUCAGCGAUUUUCCAAUGCCUGCUGACUACCCAAACUACAUGCACAACUCUCAGCUCCUGCAGUACUUCAGGCUCUAUGCUGAGCAUUUUGAUUUGCUCAAAUACAUUAACUUCCAGGUUAAUUCUGUUUCAUCAUACCAAGAGUGCCACUGUCUUUUCACAUAUUUCUAUAGCAUACUGAAAUGUAAAGUUCUUUGUGUGUGUGUGUUUGUUUAUGUGUGUGUGUGUGUGUGUGUGUGUGUGUGUGUGUGUGUUCAGACCACAGUGAGGAGUGUUACACAAAGACCAGAUUUCUCCGUUUCUGGUCAGUGGGAUGUAGUGACCAUUAACAGAGACGGAGAGGAAGAGAGGCAUGUCUUUGAUGGAGUUCUAGUGUGUUCAGGCCACUACACCCAUCCUGUCCUGCCCCUGUCAGACUUUCCAGGACAUGAGACGUUUUCUGGAAAGUGUCUUCACAGCUGGGAAUAUAAAGACGCAGAUAUAUGCAGAGGCAAGAGGGUGGUGGUGGUUGGUAUUGGAAACUCUGGAGGAGAUAUUGCUGCAGAGAUUAGCAGAUCUGCAGAGAAGACAUUUCUCAGCACACGGCAGGGGGCUUGGGUGAUUGGCAGGAUGUCCAGCAAUGGUCUUCCCCUAGAUAUGACAGCUAUCACCAGGCUCAACAACAUCCUCAUGCAGCUUCUUCCUAAGACUCUGGUCAACUGGGCAGCAGAGAGAGUACUGAACCAGAAAUAUGACCACAGACUAUAUGGCCUGAAGCCAAGACACAGACUUAUGGACAAAAAGCCUUUGAUCAAUGAUGACCUUCCUGGCCGAAUUCUUCAGGGGGCACUAGUCAUGAAACCUAAUCUGAAAGGGUUCAAUGGCUCUGGAGUUGUAUUUGAAGAUGGUACUGUGGAGGAGAACAUUGAUGCUGUGGUGUUCUGUACUGGUUAUAAUGGAACCUUCCCAUUUCUGCCUUCAGCUCUGUCUGAUGGGCCUAAGGGAGAGCUGACAUUGUACAAGAGAGUGUUUCCUCCUUCUCUACAACACCCCACUUUGGCUGUCAUGGGUCUUUUCCAAACAAAAGGACCAAUCAUUCCCAUAGUGGAAAUGCAGGCACGGUGGGCUGUUAAAGUGUUUACAGGUUUGAGCUGCCUUCCACCCAAGGAGAAAAUGCUGGCUGUCAUUGAGUCUGAGAGGAAAAGAAACAUGAAGAGCUAUUCUUGCCCACGACAGGCUGCCCUCCAGGUGGAUUACAUCCCUCUCCUGGAUUUCAUGGCUAAUGAGGUUGGGGUUCGACCAAACUUCCUGAGACUACUACUAAGAGAUCCUGUCCUCUGGGUGAAGGUCUUCUGUGGUCCCUGUACUCCAUAUCAAUAUCGUCUCACUGGGCCUGGACAGUGGGCCGGCGCCCGCCAGGCUAUCCUCACUCAGUGGGAGCGGGUGGAGCAACCUUUCAGAACCAGAGUGAUACCAGAACCGGAGGAAACACCGUCUGUCCUCUUCUCUCCUUGGCUGCUCACGUUAGGAGGAACUGUGAUUAUGGCUGUGCUUCUGUCUAAAAAUGAGGUUGUUCCAGCGCUGCAGGGUGCAGCUCAGACUCUGGACAGGUGCAAGAUUUUCCUCAAGGACAUCUGGUCCUGAGUGAGUAGGUAACAGAUUUAAAGAGUGGAGAUGAGUAGAUUGAAAGAAGGUGUUUUAGUCCAUUUUUUCUCUCUCCUUUUGAAGAAGGUGUACAGUAAGACUCAUGUUUGUGUAGGUUUACAAUUGGUUGGAUGUUGCACAAGAACAAUGUUUUUAAUUUAUGAUGGUAUUCAGGAAACCACCGCUGAGUUGUGGUUACUGCAGGAUGUGGGUUAAGAGGUGAAUCUGGGACAUUAGACAACAAAAACUGACCUGAAUAGACCUACAGUAUCAUACCACUGUAUUGAAAUAGUAAUGCUAAGUCCAAUAAUACCUUCUAUCUUUUUGCACAAUAUGUUAAUGUAUCCAAGUCACAGUGUAGGCUAUCCUACAUGUGGAGAAUGUUUGUUGUGUUUGGUGGGUUAUUUGCUUGGGGAGCACACCCGCAGGAGUCCACUUUAAAACAGUACUGUCUCAGAAGCCAAGUGAGGAAGAUACUUUGAAUGAAGUCAGUUCUCUACAAGAACUACUGUAAUAUGAUGACAUAAAAU